GCGAGAGCGAAUGUAAGAGAAAAGGAGGUUAAGGAGAGGCAUCGCUUGCGUGCGAAAUCAUCCCUGCCUCCAUCCAUGGCCACUCCCUCAGCGCCCAACGCUAUUGAUUACGCCGCCCUUGGCUUCUCAGAGAUUAAAGUCGAUUUGAACGGAGCUAUUGCUGUUGUAACAUUGAAUCGAUCCGCUAGGAGGAAUGUCUUUACGCAAAAACUCUCAUCACAGCUCAUCUCUGCGUUUGAGGCUUUUGAUAGAGAUGAUCAUGUCCGAGUAGUUGUCCUGACGGCUGAACCAGAUGCACCGGCAUUCUGUGCCGGAGCAGACAUCGGUAACGGCUGGAAUGACCUUUGGAACCCGGAAGCAGAAAAGGAACCUGACCCUGUACGCGCACAUCGCGACACUGGCGGGAGGGUCACGAUGUCUAUACUUCGGUGCCGAAAGCUGACAAUCAUUGCAGUCAACGGUCAUGCUGCGGGAAUAGGCAUGACGAUGCAGCUUCCAUUCGAUUUCCGACUGGCUUGGGCCGAUGCGAAGCUGGUAUUCCCUUUCGUUUCCCGAGGCAUCUGCGCUGAAGCUCUGUCUUCGUUUCUCCUUCCGCGUUUAGUUGGUUAUUCUCAAGCUUCAACACUUCUUUUGAGCAGCGAAACGUUCACUCCAACAUCACCCCAUAUUUCAAGACUUUACUACAAAGUACUUGAGAAACGAGAAGACGUCUUUCCAGUUGCAUUGCAACUUGCCAAGCGCCUCGCAUCAACUACUUCCGCUACAUCCGUAGCUAUGACUAAAGCACUUAUUUGGCGUGGCGCUAAUUCACCAGAAGAACAGCAUCUCUUGGAGUCACGCGCGAUUCGGACGCUUGGUCCGAGUAAGGACGGUGAAGAGGGUGCACGAUCUUUCCUUGAGAAACGCGCGCCGGUGUUUACUGCGACACUCUCAGCAGACAUGCCAUCUUGGGUUCCAUGGUGGAAUGAAGUAAAUACGUCACGAAAGAUGUCCAAAUUGUAACCGUUUAUCACACCAUUUCCCCUAUGGGUAACACAGCCCAACCACUGCUUGACUUGAUAAGAUAGGAGCUACGCGGUUUUGAUCCGUUUGUACGAUAAUAUUAAUCCUAGCGCCACAUUCGCC